UUCAUUUUAUGGGCAUUCACUGCGGCGAUGGCUCAGCCACAGUCCCUGCCCUAAAGGGAGGAGUUCCCAGACUAGCCAGAAAAAAAAGUGGGAAUAACCUCAUUAGCACACUUUGAUAAGCGCUGUGGUGGGGAUGGACGAUGAUAACAUGGGCCUGGGUGUGGGGAGAAGUGACCCCAUCCAUCUGGAGAGGUGAGGGCAAACUUUCCGGAUACUGUGGCGCUGGAGCUGAUGAGCAGGAGUUAACCAGAGCAGAAGCCCACAGGUGGGCUGGCAGAGGAGGUGGAUGACAAAGUUCUUCAUGCUGCUUUUAUUCCUUUUGGAGACAUCACAGAUAUUCAGAUUCCUUUGGAUUAUGAAACAGAAAAGCACCGGGGAUUUGCUUUUGUUGAAUUUGAGUUGGCAGAGGAUGCUGCAGCAGCUAUCGACAACAUGAAUGAAUCAGAGCUCUUUGGACGGACAAUUCGUGUCAAUUUGGCCAAACCAAUGAGAAUUAAAGAAGGCUCUUCCAGACCAGUUUGGUCAGAUGAUGACUGGUUGAAGAAGUUUUCUGGGAAGACUCUUGAAGAGAAUAAAGAAGAAGAAGGGUCAGAGCCUCCCAAGGCGGAAACCCAGGAGGGAGAGCCUGCUGCAAAAAAGACCAGGUCAAAUCCUCAGGUGUACAUGGACAUCAAGAUCGGGAACAAGCCAGCUGGCCGCAUCCAAAUGCUCCUGCGUUCAGACGUCGUGCCCAUGACAGCAGAGAACUUCCGCUGCCUGUGCACCCAUGAAAAGGGCUUCGGCUUCAAGGGGAGCAGCUUCCACCGCAUCAUACCCCAGUUUAUGUGCCAGGGCGGCGAUUUCACAAACCACAACGGCACUGGGGGCAAGUCCAUCUACGGGAAGAAGUUUGAUGAUGAAAAUUUCAUCCUCAAGCACACAGGCCCAGGCCUACUCUCCAUGGCCAACUCUGGCCCAAACACCAAUGGCUCUCAGUUCUUCCUGACAUGUGACAAGACAGAUUGGCUAGAUGGCAAGCACGUGGUGUUUGGCGAGGUCACUGACGGCCUGGAUGUCUUGCGGCAGAUUGAGGCCCAGGGCAGCAAGGACGGGAAGCCAAAGCAGAAGGUGAUCAUCGCGGACUGCGGGGAGUUUGUGUGAGAGGCCUGCUCUUGCUCCUGUGCACCCAGGAGGGAGCUGCCAGCCUCAGCUGUCUGAAGCAGGCAGCGUUUGUGGCAUGAGCCCUUCCUCAGGGUCAGCUUGGAGCAGCUCAUCUGCCAGUACAGCCUGGACUUUUUCCAAGAGUGGCUGUGGGCCCCAGAGCCAUGGGCAGGCUAUACGUGGCUACCGGCUUUUCCCAGCAUUUGCUGCUGGGUCUGUCCUGGGCUUUUGAACAUUGUCUUUGCUAAAAUAAAUCCUAGUUCUUUUGUACUGCUGCCUCCAGCUAUUAAUAGUUCCCGGGAAUUGCCAGAGAUAGUCUCUCUGUGGCUAAGCUGUCCUCCUGAGGCAAGCUGGCAAGUGGGUAGGGCGUAGCCUCUUCCCCAUAGCUUUCAUUUCCUCCCUUGGGCCAGUCCCCUUAGAUGCCAAAUGAUGUAUCUUCAUUCAGAUACCCGUGUCAGACCACAUCAGGACAAUGGAAAUCAAAGAUAGGGGGAAAGCCUGGUCUGCUGCUGCCUCUGCUCCUAAACUCAGCUGCCAGUCUUAUAGCCAGCAAGUAUACUGAUCAGUUUCAAUGAUUCAUUUAUUUAUUUGUUCCCCUUCGUUCUAUGGAUUUUUUAAAUGAUAUUUUAUAACUCAAAGUGCCUUCUCUCUACAAGGUACUAUGCUUGUCAGGAGACAGGAGGUCAGCAAACUACAUGGGCCUAAUCUAGCCCACUGCCUGUUUUUGUGAAUAAAGUUUUAUUGUAACACAGCCA